AUGGUUAAAGAGUUGUUUGAUGACGAUUUUGAUAGACGCUUUGGACAUCUAGAGUUUAUAGAUCCAGAGUUUGGAUAUCUAGAGGCUGGAUAUCCAGAGUUUGGACAUCUAGAGGUUAUAGAUCCAGAGUUUGGACAUCGAGAGUUUUUAGAUCCAGAGUUUGGAGACCUAGAGGCUAGAUAUCCAGAGUUUGGACAUCUAGAGUUUGGAGAUCUAGAGUUUGCAAAUCUAGAGGUUAUAGAUCCAGAGUUUAGACAUCUAGAGGUUAUAGAUCCAGAUUUUGGACAUCGAGAGUUUGUAGAUCCAGAGUUUGGACAUUUAGAGGUUAUAGAUCCAGAGUUUGGACAUCUAGAGUUUCUAGAUCCAGAGUUUGGACACCUAGAGAGUAGUGGACAUCUAGAUUUUGGACAUCUAGAGUUUGGAGAUCCAGAGUUUGGACAUCUAGAGGUUAUAGAUCCAGAGUUUAGACAUCUAGAGGUUAUAGAUCCAGAGUUUAGACAUCUAGAGGUUAUAGAUCAAGAGUUUGGACAUCUAGAGUUUCUAGAUCCAGAGUUUGGACACCUAGAGGCUAGAUAUCCAGAGUUUGGACAUCUAGAGUUUGGAGAUCCAGAGUUGUGGAAAUCUAGAUUUGGACAUCUAGAGGUUAUAGAUCCAGCGUUUGGACAUCCAGAGUUUGUAGAUCCAGCGUUUGGACAUCUAGAGGCUAGAGAACCUGAGUUUGGCCAUCUAGGGGUUAUAGAUCCAGAGUUUGAACAUCUAGAGUUUAUAGAUCCAGAGUUUGGAUAUCUGGAGUUUGGAGAACCAGAGUUUGGACAUCUAGAGUUUGGAGAUCCAGAGUAG